AACGCGUCCUGGGCCUGAGGCGAAACCAAAGAUUUUACGAGCCACCGGGCGCACCAGCGCUGCCGCGGGGCCGCGGCCGAAGUCAUAUAAGCUAACCCGCCGCGCGGGGCAGCCCCGGCGUGCCGCGUAGGGCAGCCACAAAAAAAGUUUCGCCCCAGCAGCAUCUUUGCGCUCCCAAGAGCGAUGGCCGACCCGGCCGAGCCCGCGACGGACGCCAAGCCCGCGGCCCACGAGCUCCUGGGGGCGCUCCAGGACGAGGGCGUCGCGGCGCUGGCGGCCGCGGCAUCGGAAGAAAAACGCGCGUCGCCCGUGCGUCGCGCCUGGUCGCGGGAAGAGGACGCCGCCAUCGUUAAAUUAGUGGAGAGGCACGGCACGAAGCUCUGGGCGUUGAUUAGUCAAGAGCUCAACACGCAGAUAAGUGGGAACAGGACGGGCAAGCAGUGCCGCACGAGGUGGCUCAAUCAUUUGGACCCGAGGAUAAAGCGCGACCCCUGGUCGCCGCAGGAAGAGCGCACGAUCUAUGACGCCCAAAGGCAAUUAGGCAACAAGUGGGCGGAGAUCGCCAAGUUGUUACCGGGUCGCACGGACAACGCCGUGAAGAACUACUGGUACUCUUCCGUGAGGAAAAAUCAGAGAAGGUGGCAGAAGGACUGCCAGGAUGGCCGGCCGCCGCCCGGUGCGUUAGUGGCCCAGACGCCCACGGGGCCCAUCGUCGCGGCCCCACCACCCACCGACGCGAAAAGCGCACCACCACAACCCCAGCCGCCGGCGGGACCCUUCUUCGUCGUGCCCUACGCCGUGCCCAUCCCGGGCCAGCCCAACGCCGCGCCGCCGCCUCCCCAAGGAUUGAUCCCGUCGCCGGGCGGAGUGGUACCGCCCGGCUACGUCGUGCGGCAGAUGCCGCAGGGCUACUACGUGGCCACGCCGCCGAACUUGGCCUACGCGCCGGGGUCGCCUUCUGGAACGGCGGCGCUCGGGAGCCCGGUCGCCGCCGCUGCUUUGGGCAGCCCGGUCCCGGCGCCCGUCGCCGCGGCCCUGGGAGCCCUGGGGGGGAGCCCCGUCCAACCGCCGGCCAAAAAACCGAAGACCGAACAUGUGUAAGCUA